UGUCAUAUUCUAGGAGUUGUGUUCUUAGGUCAUGGAUUUUAUCAAAUUUUAUGUUUAUCCUAUUGGAAAUAAAAGUAGUUUGUGCUAAUUUUGCAAAUAAUUAUGUCAUAUUUAACUCUCUCUGCAAGUUAAAUAGAUCCAUAUGUGAUGGAAAGGACUAACAGACACAUGGAAAGUUUUGUGAUUACUGUGAUGUUAUCAAUUUUGUAUUCAAUGUAUACGAAUCAUGCGGAUUAUAUUUAAUUCAAUUAUUAAUCUAGUACCUUUACUUAAUUUAGAAUAAAUAUCAUAGAGUUUGUUAAAGUGUUUUUUUGAUAAAUAUUAAAGUGGGUCAGUGCAGCUCGAAAGUUUUAUGAUAACAAUGAAUGAGAAAAAGGUGCAAAACUUCACAAGUUACAUCAAUUCACCUGUGAAUAAUGCAGAAAAGAAUGGAUCCAUACAAGAAGUGAAACCAAAAUUAUUAAAUGGUGAAAUAGUUGUGAGCGCAGUACAUAAUGUGCUGAUGCUGAUACCGCUCAGCGACAGCCGGCGCAGUGGCUCCCUCUUCGUCACCAACUACAAACUGUCCUUCGUGCCAUACGAGCCCACGCAACACGACGAAUGCGGCCAACGAAAUUAUUUACUCGGUCCGCACGACGUGCCCCUGACCGGGGUGGGCGCGCUCUGGAUGACAGAGGGCGGGCUGGUGCGCCGCCGCCGCCUCCUACCCCACGGAGACAUGCCGCAGAAGGUGAAGGGGCUUCAAGUCAUAUGCAAGAACAUGAAAGUCUUGACCUUCAGCUUUGCGAACUCUUCAGUGGGCAACGGCCGCAAGAUCGCGCUCACGCUGCUACACCACGCGUUCCCCAAACGUCACCACUUACUCUUCGCGUACGAAUACAAGGAACCCUACUACCGGACCCUGCCCACAGACCUGAACAUGUUCGAUAGAACUACAGACUGGAAGAAGGAAUUAGAACGCUGCGACUGCCCCCAUUGGAGAAUAACCCUCAUCAAUGGUACCACGGACGCGUUCAUGCUGUCUGGUCCACCUACCCUCAUAGUGCCGAUGUCCUUACUGGACUGCAAGCUGCUCGAGUACGCCAGGCAUUACAAGAGUGGAAGGAUACCGAUCUGGGUGUGGGGAAGGCCGGAAGGUGCGGCGUUGCUGCGGAGCGGUGAAUUACUGCCGACCGACCAAGCGAUGAAGAUUGAAAGCGUCCUGCUAGAACAGGUGCGUAAGAGUCACCCGACGCUGGUGCCGCUCAACGUGAUAUACCUGUGCGGGAACAGCUACUCCAACACGGUGGGGCCCAACACGCUGCCGCCCCUCGCCACGCUACAAUCCUCGUACAAGAAACUGGUCGACCUCUGCACGCCCACGACCCUCAGCAGUUUCUGGGAACAAGACUCCAAGUACUACUUGAUCCUGGAGUCGAGCCGGUGGCUGCGCUACGUGGCGAACUGCUUGGCGUUCGCCGACGAGGCGGCGGAAUAUCUCGCCAAGAAUGUCACUGUCGUCCUGCUAGAAGGCGAAGGCGUAGACUACUGCGCGGUGGUGUCCUCCCUCACGCAGCUGCUAGUGGACCCCCACUACCGCACCAUAUCUGGCUUCCAGUCGCUCAUACAAAAAGAGUGGAUCGCGCUCGGCCAUCCCUUCUGUGAUAGGUUCGGGCUGCCGAGGCCCGGCGCGAGCGACAUCCCGGACAGCGGGCGCGGCGGCGCGCGGGGCGAGGCCGGCGGCCGCGACACCGCGCAGACGGCACCCGUGUUCCUGCUGUUCCUGGACUGCGUGUGGCAGCUGCUGCAGCAGUUCCCCUCGCACUUCCAGUUCACCGAGACCUACCUCACCACGCUCUGGGACUGCACGCACAACCACGUCUUCGACACCUUCCUCUUCAACUGCCCCAGGGAUCGCGACCCGGGCAUAACUAAGAACUUCAUCCAACGACCAGUAUGGGACUGGAGCGAACAAUUUUCCGAUCAAGACAAAGCGCUUUUCUAUAAUCCAUUGUAUGGGGUUUGCAAUUUUAUGCCGACGCCGAAACAACGGUUAUCAAUGUCGGCGAUGGCGGCGGCGAAUGCAAGCAAGCAGGCGGGCAGCGGUCGCGGCGCGGGAGGGCCGGAGCUGCAGCGGCUGCGGCCGGCGGCGGGCGCGGGCGCGGGCGGCGUGGAGCUGUGGGCGCAGUGCUACGAGCGCUGGCUGCCGCCGCUCGACGCGCUGCACGCGGGGCCCGUGCAGCGGCACGUGCGCCACUACGCGCUGCGCGACCAGAUCCAGCGGCUGAGUGAGAAACUGUCGUCGCUCUCAAUCCUGAGCAACCGGCAGUCCAACGGCAGCGAAGUGGAGCCCGUGCGGCUACAGCCCGUCUCCAGAUUCUACCCGUUCAGCCAGUACCGGACCGAAGCAGUCGCCGGCACGCUCGACGCCAUGCAAGUAAGCCUCAUCGAUGCCAGCCAACUAAUCGACUCGCAGUCACUACUCAACGCGCCCGACUAACGUCCGCACGUACUCGGUAAAUGUACAUUAACACUACGUACAUACAUAAUGGUAAUAUCAUUAUUACAUUGUGGUAAUUUCUCGAAAUAGUCAAUUUCAACACUGAAUAGGUAAUAUGUUGAAAAUAUCAGAAAUUCCACGUUCCAUCGAUUAAUUAAAUAAUAUUGUUUGUUAAAUAUUGUAUUCUUAUUUUAACGUGUUUGUUUACAUCGCAGUUAACUUGUGUGUGCAAUAAAGUUCACCAUCUAUAUUAUAACAUUAUUGGUGGAUUAUGGGAAACAAGUGUAAAAAGUAUUAAUUAUGAAAUGGAAGGGUCGUAAUUCAGAGUUUUUAGAACAACAUUUUUUUAGAUUCUGAGUUUUCAUUUUUUUGUUAAAAUUCAAACGCUUUUUUGCAUUAUCACUUGAUACAGUUUUGUAACAUACUGAUUCUCAAAAUCGAUUCAGAUUUGGCGCGAAAAUAUCGCGUUAAAAUUAAAUAAUUAUUAAGAAACCAGUCAUUGUUAGUGCAAUUGACCCAAAUCGAAACAUCAUCACAUUUGACAAAUGUGAAUUGAUUUUGAUAACAAAAGAUUUUGCAGUACUGUACAUAACCUUAACCAUUACGUAAAUCCAUGAUUUUCAUCCAUUGAAUUCGAUAUAAAAAUGUAAAUAUUUUUUUAUUUCAAUUGUGGUCUGUAAAAAAAUUGUUAGUGGAAAAAGAUUGAAUUAAAUGUAUAUUCCGUAGAACAAAAUAGCAAUAUUUUUAUAUAUAUAUUGAUAUUUAACCACAAUAAUUUGUGGUUAUUAAAAUAAUAUCGGAGCGUAUUAACAUAUUCAGCUAUUUUUUAUUGCAUGUAAGCAAUUAGUGUCUGUAAAUUCGUUAAAAAAUUGCACAUUUAUUGUGACUACACCACUAGGGAUUCAUGUCGUUAGUCGAUUGUACCAUCAGGAGAUUUGUUCGUUAGUUUCAUCAGGGAUGUCGUCUAUCGAUUACAUCACCAGGAUGGACAUCAAUCCCAGGGGGUGACACCCAUCCUGGUGUAUUGAUGUCACCACUAAGGUAGUUUAUCAACGUCAUCAUCAGGAGUGCGUUUGACAAUGUCACCAUCAGGGAUGUCGUUUAUCGAUGUCACCAUUAAGGUUAUUGUUUGUUAAUGACAGAAUUUGGACAAAUAUAUCGUUUCAUAAUCAUGUGUAUUUUAUACAAUUUAGAAACGCAAAGAACUAGUAGCAUGAUAACGCAAUAAAUAUAACAAAACUAAACUAUAACUAUACACUGGUGAUAUUAUCAGCAAAUCAUGUUAUGGAUGUCACACCUGGGGAUGACGUUGAGUGGAGUCGGUACCAAUAGACAUGUUAUGCGGUUGUCAAUCACAUGGUUGACGGUAACACGACAGAACGCCUUAGAUAUGAACAUAUAUUUUAUAAUAAAUAUAAAAGUAUUUUAGAAUUAGGCCAUUCCAUUAUAUUUUUUUGUUUAUUAUUAUUAUUGUAAUGCAAGAUAUUUAUUUUUAUUAUUUUAAAAAUUACCAGAGGGAUACUUUGUACAAAAGUCGUUUGCUUGGACACCUCUGUCGCAUUCGUGUUUUUACCGUGAAGCAGUUGUGUUUGCAUGGCUGUGUUUCGGUGUGAAGGGUGGGAUAUGACAGUGAAUUUACAGGGCACAGAGCCAUAACACCUGAGUCCUUAGGAAUGGCAACGCAUGGGGGGUAUCAUGAGCGAAACAGUAUACUCUGCUAUGUCCAUGGUACUGCUCCUGUCUAUAGGCGACGGUUACCGCUUUCCAUCAGAUGGGCCGUCAGCUUGCUUGCCAUUCUAAGUUGCAUAAAAAAAAAGAAAAAAUUAAAAUGAUAAAUAAUGCAUUAGUACUAAAAUAACUAUCGAUGCAAUAUCGAUUGUAUGAAUGUAUAUUACAAUAUUAAUAAUAUUAAAGGAUGGUUAAUUUAAACAUUAUGAAAAUAUGAAAUUUCAUGCACAUACCCCCCCCCUUAGUUAUGGUGAUAAAACUUAUCUUUAAACUACUACCUGCAACUUACCCUGUUACCAAUUUAUCACUUAUGAUUUUACGUAUUUAUGACUUAUGUACAAAGAUUAAAUAUUUAACAUAUAAGCUUAACCCUGUUGUAAAUACGGCAGCUAACCUAGUGUUUGUUAUUAAUUUAUCAUUAAGUUUCCUUUAAAUCUGUAGGACUGCAUUUAUAAGAAGCUUUCUAGAAAUUAUUUUAAUAUUCAUUACAAAGGGUGCUUGGAUUGAGUUUUGUAUACAAUUUGUAUAGGCCAAGCAUUGAAGGAUCAUACAGUAUCGCAUCGUCACCGCUUCUGUAAUAUUUUAAAUAAACUGCGGUUGUUCAAAAUAUUAUUAAAAGGCCGGCAGCACACCUGCAAUGCCGCUGGUGUUGUGGGUGAUCAUGGGCGGAGGUAGUCACUUACCAUCAGGUGAGCCGCAUGUUCGUUUGCCCCCUGUGUUGUAAAAAAAAAAGAAACAUUAAAAGGGAACACUCGUUAAUUGUGAGGAAUUAGAUAUUUAAAGUAUUCUGCCGAAGUCAUUUUCUCAUUGUAAUUCAUUUAUUUAAUUCUAGCGGCUCGGCCCGACUUCGCAUGGGUGGAUCUCUAAUUUUCUUUUUUAAAACCUUAAUACAACCCAUGUAGGUUUCUAUAGAUGAAAGAUUUUUUUAAAUUGGUUAGUUUCUAUUUUUUUUUUUUCUCUUUUAUAAUAUUAGUUUAAAAAAAGAUAACCAGUGAAAUUAUGGAAUUUAAAAUAUUGAGCGUGAUUUAAAUUAGUAUUAUGGAAAAGUCUUUUAAAUUGUAUAAGUUAGUGUAUUUUUUUUUUUUUUUAUAAUUAUAUAAAUUGUGUUAUUAAAACGAAUAAAUGUUUUCGAAAAAAAAUUAAGUCAUGUAACUGGUAUUAAGUAAAAUAUAAAAAUUGGAAUAUUUUAAAUAUAAAACUGUGAUUUCGAAGCAUUUGGCGUUCCAUUGUUGCUACCUACCCUAAUGGGAGACAGGCGUGACAGAUAUGUAUGUAUAUAUGCAUGAUUUCGAAAUUUGUACAAUGACAUCGAGGUCUGUUCGGAGGCGCCAUUCUCUAAAACUAAUAUUUUAAUUUGAUUGUUUCACAAAAUUAAUAUUUUACACUUUUUAAUUUAAACUAAAUUUACAAAAAUUUUAUUUAAAUUUAUUACAAAUUUAAUUUAUAUUGGUCUUUUAAAUAAAGACUUCGCUGUGAUAUCAAAUUGAAAUUUUAAUUUUAGAGAUAUAGAAAUAGAGAAGUAGCGCCUCAGAAUCGACCCCAUUAUCAGUACUCAAUACAGACUCCGCGAACAUUAUUCAGUCCUACAAAUUUAUAUAUAUAUAUAUAUAUAUAUAUAUAUAUAUAUAUAUAUAUAUAAAUUUGUAAAUAUGAAUAUACCAAGCUAGAACUAUCGAUCCUCAUCGACUGAUAUAUCGGUCCAAACCGGUGAACUGUUAUAAUUAGUCGAUAAUAUAAUAAAAUGUAUUUUAUUCGAAUGAGCAAACUAAAUUAGCAUUGUUGACUUGUUAAAAUGAGCACUAGGUCGCUCCCUGAUUUGUCCGUACGAUAUUGUAUUGCCAUUAUUUAAAUAAAAUGUUAAUCUUCUACAUUAUUGAUUGUCUACUUUAACAUGGCACGCCCCUUCAAAUUUUUUCUUCAAUUUGUAUAAGCAUAUACAGACGUUGUGCUCUGUUUUUGUGAGGAAUAGUUUUUAAAAGCGGUCCGGUCAAACGAGUAUUGUGUUCCUUAGUAGAAAUCUUGUAAAUAUUUUUACUCACACGUUUUUAGUUCUUUGAAUUUUAGAGGGGCGUGCCAUGUCAUCGUAGACGAUCUAUACCUGUUGUAACUAUUGGGCUGUAUCGUCACUUACUUUCAAAUUGUGAAAUUAGCACAAAAAAAAGAGAUACAAAUCGCUUUAGAUAACUAAUAGUAUAUUACUGCAGCGGCCAGCAAAUGAGGCUUUGAUGGACGAACGCGCAAAUGUGGGCCGAGACGAAGCCGAGGCACACAUACGUGAGUCCAUCAAUGUCUAGUUGUGGCCAAGGCUUGUAUAGUACUUUUCUCAAACAAUGCGCGGAAAUCAAAAACACUAUUUUAUUUUUUAAGUUUAAUGACGAAUAACGAACAAUAAUAAUUUUUCACACGCCAUAAUGUUCCUUUGUUUUUUUUUUUCAAUAAACAGAUUUCUAUUUGCGAGACAGUUCGAAAUUUAAAUAAAACUUUAUUAGUUGUCUCCUUAGUAGCCAUGUUUCGAAUUAAAAGGUCAUUCCAUUUUUAAAUUACAGGACAGAUAUGAGUUUACAUAGUAAUUUAUCUGACCGCAAAACACGACAGAUAUAGAUUUUCAUACAACUUUUGCCGGCCGCUGCUCGCAUGUAUCUGGCCAGUACGGCAAUUUUGAUUUAUCUCUAAGAAGAUUGUCAAAAUAAUGCUCACAUUUCUUAGCAUGUUUGAGAAAAAUACAUUUACGAGAAGGUUGUUAAUUUCCAAAUAAGGAGAUUGCUCCUUAUAAUAAAUUGCGCAGUAAUUACACAGUUUAGUCGUGAUAUAGAAGCUUAUUGUUCACACGAACUGAUGAUAACGAUAUUUUGCCCAUCUCUCUCUUUUCAUUUAAGAGUUUCUUCUUGUUGAUGCAACUAAUUCAUGCAUUGUCUUCCAGCCAGCUCUAUUCCGGCCCAUAUCAUUGCCUUUCCUAUACGACAUGACACCUAGUGUUUCCUUUAUCUGUCCCAUAUAGUUCUUCCUCGGUCUUCUCCUUCCUCUUUUGCCCUCUAUUUUUCCUUCUACUAUGCUCUUUAAAAAUUGUCAUGUCGUGGCCAGUGGUUAAGGUGGCCUAGCAUUUUUCCUCUUCUAUUCUCUAUUGUUUUUAUGUAUGUAUAUAUGUAAACGGAGAACAGUAUACAGACGUGUGUAGUAUCAUAUCUUUUCUAGUAUAUUAUACAUAUAUAAUAUACUACGAAUAUUAUACAUUACCCUCUAAUCAAUUUCUUCACACUGCAUUAGAUUGGCUGGAAAAGAUUUCUACCAUAGAUAUAAUUUCGAUCCUUAAAGCCUACCAGCGUCUAGCAUAUACUCGCAAGCUAUAUGCUCAUAUUUGGUGUAUUGAGAAGUCAGGAAGUGACCGUCUGUACAUUAAUAUUUUUAUAGCAAUGUAAGUUGGACAUAACAAUAUUGAUGUAAUUAAUAAUUUUACGAAUGUUAUGAAUGUAAAGAAAAUUAAUAUAAUUGUGAAAAGAAAUAAUGCUUUUGUAACAUAUUUAUUGCCUAUUUCAACUCAAUAGCCACGGUGUUUUAGUGCCAUUGAAUGAGACCAUUACGUUUUAGUGAGCUUGAUUUAUGCAAUAGUAAUGUGUAACCGUAACCUCGUGUAGUGGCAGUUAAUAAAGUAUUCCAUGUACCAAAUUCUGUUGUUAGAUAGUACCUGAUAACGUGAAAUGCAAGAAUGUUCAAAAGCAAGAAAUAAAAAAUAUUGUGAAAUAAA